AUGGCACCAUCAGCAACAAUCUUCGAGCAAGCCGCUCCAAUUGACAGCGUUCCAUUGAAAUCCGGAUUUGAGUCGAAGCCAUUCCCAAUCAAUGGAUCCAAGUCCAAGACCCUCGAGGAACUGGCCGAAAAAUGGGAGCAAGGUUUCAAGUUUGCACCCAUUAGAGAGUCUCAGGUCAGUCGUGCAAUGACUCGUCGUUACUUCAACGAUCUCGAUACAUACGCCGAGUCCGACAUUGUCAUCGUUGGCGCUGGAUCCUGUGGGCUCAGCACCGCCUACAUGCUCGGCAAGGCUCGCCCUGACCUCAAGAUUGCCAUCAUUGAGGCUUCCGUUUCUCCAGGAGGCGGUGCUUGGCUUGGUGGCCAGCUCUUCAGCGCCAUGGUUAUGCGUAAGCCAGCGGAUGCUUUCUUGGCCGAUCUUGGUGUCCCAUUCGAGGACGAGGGAGACUUUGUGGUUGUGAAGCAUGCCGCACUCUUCACCUCCACUCUACUCUCUAAAGUUCUCUCCUUCCCCAACAUCAAACUCUUCAACGCCACCGCAGUGGAGGAUCUCAUCACUCGCUCCAACGCCAACGGCACACUCCGCAUCGCCGGCGUAGUCACAAACUGGACUCUCGUCACCAUGCACCACGACGACCAGUCCUGCAUGGACCCGAACACUAUCAACGCUCCCAUUGUUAUCUCCACCACAGGGCACGAUGGACCUUUCGGUGCCUUCAGCGUCAAACGUCUCGUAUCCAUGCAGCAGAUUGAGAAGCUCGGUGGCAUGCGUGGUCUGGACAUGAACACUGCCGAGGACGCAAUUGUCAAGGGAACUCGUGAGAUUAUCCCAGGUCUCAUCGUUGGAGGCAUGGAGUUGAGCGAGGUCGAUGGUGCAAAUCGCAUGGGACCUACCUUCGGGGCCAUGGCUUUGUCCGGCGUCAAAGCUGCUGAGGAAGCUCUCAAGGUCUUUGAUGAAAGGAUGGCUCAGAAUGAUUUUUAA